UUGAAGUCAGCUGACUGUACGAGCACAUGACUCACAAAACCGUCCACAUGACUGUUCUCCCACAACUGCUUUUUAGAGUCUCAGUAUUUACCACAGCUUGCUUGAUUUAGAGAGCAAGGCAACGACAAGGUGCUGCAUCGCCAGACUUUAACCCUUAGCUAUUACUCUGUCUAGGCUGCAGAAACCUCGUUUCCGGAAACCGGAAUUUCAGUGAAUUUCUCCGUCGGUAUCGGCAUGCAGCAAACAGUGGUUAUUUUAUUGCUGGCAUUCUCCAUAGCUGCCCAGGCGCUGGACAAUGGGCUGAUGAGGACCCCACCCAUGGGUUGGCUGGCAUGGGAACGAUUCCGCUGUGAUAUUGAUUGUGAAAAUGAUCCUCAAAACUGCAUUAGUGAGGUGCUGUUCAGGGACAUGGCAGACCGACUGGCUGAGGAUGGCUGGAGGGAGCUUGGUUAUGUCUAUGUUAACAUUGAUGACUGCUGGGCAUCAAAGAACAGGGAUUCACAAGGACGACUGCAGGCAGAUCCAAAGAGGUUUCCAGGUGGCAUUGCUAAACUGGCACGCUAUGUUCAUGACCGUGGGCUGAAGCUGGGCAUUUAUGGUGAUUUGGGAACUUACACCUGUGCAGGAUACCCCGGCACAACCCUGGAUAAAAUUGAGACUGAUGCUCAGACCUUUGCUGAAUGGGGAGUUGACAUGCUUAAACUUGAUGGCUGCUACUCCAAUGCCACUGACCAGGAGCAGGGCUACCCACGUAUGUCAAAAGCCCUUAAUGCCACUGGCCGUCCGAUUGGUUAUUCCUGCAGUUGGCCUGCCUACCAGGGUGGGCUUCCUCCUAAAAUAAAUUACACUCUGCUUGGUGAGAUCUGCAACCUGUGGCGUAAUUAUGGUGAUAUUCAGGACUCGUGGGAUAGCAUCCUGAGCAUUGUGGACUGGUUUACAGAACACCAGGAUAUCCUGCAGCCUGCUGCUGGACCAGGACGCUGGAAUGACCCUGACAUGCUGGUCAUAGGAGAUUUUGGCCUCAGCAUGGACCAGUCUCAUUCUCAGAUGGCACUGUGGGCAAUAAUGGCAGCUCCUCUUUUCAUGUCUAAUGACCUACGGACCCUAAACAGCGGGGCACGUGCUAUACUGCAGAACAAAGCUGUCAUCACCAUCAACCAGGACCCCUUGGGCAUCCAAGGAAGACGCUUGAUAAAGGUGAACAGUGGUAUAGAGGUUUUCUGGCGUCCUCUGUCUAAUAAAGCAAGUGCUUUGGUGUUCUUCAGCAGAAGAACAGAUAUGCCAUACCGCUAUCAGACAUCUCUGAAGGCGCUCAGCUACACACCUGGCAGCUAUAAGGUGUAUGAUGUGUUCAUGGAGAAGACCAUGCCUACACUGAAGGACACCACAGAGUUUGUUGUCUCCAUCAAUCCCUCAGGAGUGGUCAUGUGGUAUGUUGCUCCAUCAGCUGAGUGGCAGGAACAGCCCAAAUUCUAUCAAGUGAAUGGCAAAGCUGAAUCUUUCAUUGUGUAAAUUGUCUUCUUUACUAUCCAAACAUGUUACCACCAGCAUGAACAUUUUAUUUUAUUUUUUUAGCAGUGUAGGAUAAAAGACAAAUGAUUAUUUGAAUAUAACAGAAUAGCUCUUUUUUCAUCGUCUGCAUUUCUGUAAUAAAUUAAGGGAGAUCACUGGGAAAAACACUAGACGUGUGUAACAGACAUCGAAAGGGAUGUGCUUUGUGACGGAAAAAAUGCAGUAAACAGAAACCAGCCUUUAUUCAGCAGUUCUUGCUGACCAGGAUAAAGUGGUAAACUGGAUAGACUAACUUGUUUGUCAGUUGAUUUUUAUCAUCCAUUUAUGAAUCAGCUUAGAUAGAUGAUACAAAAUUAUUUCUCUUUCAUAAUCAAUAACCAUCUUUCCUUAAGUGCACAUUUUAUUAAAUUCUCAAGAGCAUAUAUUGCACUCUGUAUGCUCAAGGUGUAGUGUUUUGUAAGUGCAACUUUUGGCAUUAUGCUGAACAGCGUUCUAAGCAAAUCACAACACUGUUGCUCCCUUGGAUGUCAGUGCCUUUAAUUAUUUUUCACUUAAUGCUCAGGGACACUGGGACUAGUUUACAAUAAACACUUCUGAAGUGAUCAUGUAUAGUGAAGUGGACCUGAAUAUUGUGAUUUUAUUUGUUUGUUGUUAUGGAAUUAGAUUUAAAACUAUGCUUGUAUGGACAUGUGGUGCAGUAAAUUAUUGAAUCUUUUCCGCAGUGACCAAAUCACUGGUGUAUUUUGAUUAAAUAUAUCAGCACUCAUUAUGUAAAUCAGGGUAUUUAGAAAUGGUCAUUGUAUGUUUUCAAUUAAAAGUUCGAUCUUCUCAUA